CGCAAGAAGAACUCAACCAAUUCUAAUGAGGUUAGGUUUGGGAUCUUGUACCUCGACAUAUAGACUAGCCAGUUAUUGGAUCUAAGUGGGUCUUUAGGAAUAAAUCGAAUGAAAUAUGUAACAUCACUAGAAGAAGGAAUAAAUUUUGAAGAAACCUUUGCACCAGUAGCCCAGAUAGAAGCAAUUAGGUUACUCUGUGCAUAUGCUAGUACAAACAAAAUCAAGUUAUAUCAAAUGGAUGUCAAAAGUGCAUUUCUAAAUAGCUUUCUAAAUGAAGAUGUUUAUGCUGAACAACCUCCUAGUUUGUAAAAUCAAUUCAUUCCCGAUCAUGUCUACAAACUUAAAGAGACUGUGUGGACUGAAACAAGCUCCUAGAGCAUGGUAUGAGAGAUGAAGUACUUUCCUAUUAUAACACAACUUCACUAGAGGAUCCAUAGAUACAACUCUAUUUCUUCGGCAUUCUUCCUUAGGUAGUCUCAUUGUUCAAAUCUAUGGGGAUGGCACGGUAUUUGGGGCCACAUCAGAAACCUCUGCACUGAAUUCGACAAGCUCAUGCAGAGUAGCUUUGAAAUGAGUAUGAUGGGAUAAUUAACUUUCUUUCUGGGUCUCCAAAUUCAUCAAACUCCGGCUGGGAUAUUGAUACAUCAAAGCAAGUAUUUCACUUCCUUGGUAGUGAUAGACCGUUAGUUACACAUGUUUUCACCCCUGUUCUUACACCGUUUGAGAUGUGGUUUCUCGUGUUUUAGACCGAUUUCACGCUAGGUUGUGCUUGUUUGUGAUAUUUCAGGUCCUGGCAAGUGAAUGAAGGUUUAGGAGCGAGUUCGGGGUCGAUUGGGCGAAGAUCGGGCGCGAGACAAGUCGCAAAGGAGGUCACACGGGCUACCCUGAUGUUCACACGGCCGCGCGAGAGGCCAGUCUGGCCGUGUGACAUUCUGCGAGAGCAGACACGGGCAGAGCAGCAGAUUGACACGGCCGUGCAAGUGGCCGGGUUGGCCGUGCCACAUUCGCCGAGAGCAGACACGGGCAGAAGGAAGUCACACACGGCCGUGCCACCCUGGCCGUGUAAGAAGCCUGGAAUUCGACUAAGUGAUACGAUGCGUUUUGCCUCACACGGGCAACUGGGUAGGCCACACGGCCGUGCCACCCUGCCCGUGUGAGUCGGGAUUUUCUGCUUAAAACCCGAUUUUCAGCCAAAGGAGAGGGGAGAGCUGGGUUUUGGAUCCCAAACACCCAAGGGACGAACCAAAGAGAGAGAGGGCGAUUUGAGGGCAUUCUUGGAGUGGAUUUGGGGGAUUUCUUUGCCUUGGAAGCUCGAGGAACAAGCCCGGACUUGAAGACUGAUCAUCUGAAGAUUCUUACUGCAGUCUCUCUCUUCUCUAUGGAGUAACUUCCCUUCACUUAGGUUUUGAGGAACCCUAGCUAUGUUUGUUUGAUUGGAUGAUUGUAUGAGUACUCUGACUGGAUAAUCUUGAGUUCAUAUUCAAUCUAUGCAUGUUUUCAUGAUUCAAUUCUGCUUUAAUCGAGAUUAUUGAUUCUGCUUUGAUUCUAUGAGAGGGAAUACCUGAUUAGGUCAAUAGAGCACCAUAGAUUGAUAGUAGUGGAUCGAUUGCUUUAGUCGAGGGUUGAUUCACUGCUUUGUAUCGAUUGAGAACCUCUUUCGAUAGAGGGAGUCUAGUUCAGAACGCCUUGAUCAGUUGUUCUAGAGAAGGAUACGUCCCUCUAGGCAAUUGACUCAAGAGGGCCUUGUUCCUUUAGUCGAGACUCAAGGUCUACUCAAGGAUUCUCCGCAUUGUGAAUGAAAGUGAAACAAGUUG